AUGUCUGAGCAGGAGGAGUCGGUGAUACAUAUUGUAUUCGAUGAUGGGAAGGUGUUCCAGAUCAAGAAAGAGAAGGUAUCCAUCGGGAGGAUCUCUUCCAACGACAUCGCCAUCCCCGGGAAUCGGCACGUCAGCAAGCAUCACUGUGUGUUGUCCAGUAGAGGACCGGGAGGAGAGGAUGCCAGCGAGGAUCCCGCUCCUGAUGAGCAGUCUUCCUCGAGGAGGAGGAAGAGACCAAGAAUGGCGGAAGAUGGUGGCCGGAGUGAAGCAGGAGAAGGUGGAGCGGGAGGGAGGGUAUUGUGGAUUGAGGAUACAUCGACCAACGGAACUAUCGUGAACGGAAGGGCUCUGAAGAGUGAGAGGAUGAAGAUAGAUGGCGAUUCAGUGAUUGAGCUAGAUCCACACAACCCUUCAUGCACUUUCCGGGCCUCGCUCAAGCAAGUUCCCGAGGUGAUAGAAGUGGAGGAGGAGGAGGAUGGGGAGGAGACGCAGAGGGUCGACUAUCAAGAUCUCGGGGCUGCAUUGGAGCCGGAGGGUCGCGAAGAAGACAGCAUGAGACAGUCGCUCACAUGUGUGAUCUGCACUGAGAUACUCUUCUUUCCCGUCGCCUUCCUCCCCUGCAUGCACAAGUUCUGUGGCGCAUGCGUGUGGAGGAACCAGGAGGCGGCAGGAGAAGGAAGCUACUGUUGCCCGAUGUGCCGGCAGGGAGUGACGAGUGUCAUUCGAGACCGGCAGUGCGGGGAGUCGGUCGAGGCUUUCUUGAAGAAGCACCCGUCCCUGAGGAGGGCGAGAGAGGAGGAGGAGGAGUGUGAGAGGAUGGCGCGGCAACUGAUAGCCAAGUACGCCAGGGGAAGCGAGUCGCUCGUGCUGGUCGACGAGUAUGACGCUGCUCCUGCGACGGAGCCGCUCUGCUACAACUGCAACCAUCCUGCUCCAGGGCGGCACAAUCAUUCCGUAUGCUCUCAGUGCAACGAGUUAAUGCCUGACAGGCCUGAGGCUGAUGAGAACGAGCAGCGGCCUCCUCUCAAGUGCGAAGGCUGCGAUCGCCCGUUCUGCGGAGCAUACUUCCAUUGGAUGCAACGGCCGUUUGGUAUUUCCCAGGUCCAUCAAAAUCCAGCAAGGGACUGUUGUUGGAGGACGUCGUGCAAGCAAGAGACUGCCAACUUCAAUCGCCUCCCUCCUGAGGAGCGAGCGUCCCCAUGCCUCCCUUCCCGGCUUUCUCAUGCGAGCAUGGAGCAGGUCUUCCAAUGGAACACGCACGAGCGGGGCAUCUUGCAAGAGAUCAUGGCGCAUCGCGGGUUUGAGCCGACGACAUUUUUCCGCUCUUCUUACAACGCCAUCUUGUUGUCUCAACUCACUGGCACUCUCAUAGAGAAUGUCUGGAAACUCUUCCAGAUUUGCCGUUCCCAGACCUCCCUGGUCCACAAGGAGUAG